GAGAUGUCCUUCAUAGACAGCAGCCCUUGCACUGGAGGAAUUGCCCUCAGCUCUUCCCAGCCCUGCAGCUGACACCAAGGCUGUCAUCCAACUGCUAGAGGAAGAAAUUCAAACUCCACAAGUCCUACUGAGAUGGGAAAAAUCAUCAUUUAUGAGCAUGCCAACUUCCAGGGUUUGUCCCGAGAAUUCACCACUAACAUUUACGAUCUAAAAGAUGCAGAUUGGAACGAUGUUGUCUCCUCAGUGAAAGUAAUUGGCCAGCCGUGGGUGGCUUAUGAGCAUGAGAACUAUGGAGGCCGACUUCUGGUACUUGAGGAGGGAGAACAUAACUACGUUGGUAACGAUAUGAAUGACAGGAUCAGCUCUCUGCGGGUGAUCACUGAAGAUUUGCACAACCCCCAGAUCACUCUCUAUGAACAUGUUGAUUAUCGAGGGAAGAGCAGAGUAAUAAGAGAAGCAACCAACCUGGCUGCGGGACACCACAAUGACAUCAUGUCUUCCCACAAAGUCCAGAGAGGUGCCUGGCUGCUGUGUGAGCACAGUGAUGGAAGUGGAAUUCAAUACGUUGCUCGAGAGCAUGAACACCUUCCAAAUUACAAUGCAAUCAAUUUCAACGACAAGCUUUCCUUCCUGCGUCCCCUUCGCCCUGGCUGUGGCUGUUAGAAUGCAAAUCUGCAGCCCUGAGAAAAGAUGCAGCCCCAGCAAGAAAUUUGAGACCUAAUCUCCACCUCUGCCUGUGCUGCCUUUCCCACAAGUGUCACAGGACUAUGGAAUGUGAGAGCUCUCUGCUGUGCUGCACGGCAGAUCUGUGCUUCGCUAUCCUGCCUUGGACUUUUCUCUCACCCCACAAAUGCAAGAAUCAUGCUGUACCGUAAGAAAGAGUGUCCAAGCUAAGAGACAGGCCAGAUGUGUGUAUUGUACCCUUAGGUGGCAUUCCAGAGUCCUGGGCUAUGGAAUGUAGAAGCAUUGCAUGUUAUUUCUGUUGCUAAGUGAAACAGAAGACGUUAGUACAGAACCAGCACCAUUUCCUUUGUGAUUUGCUUUGCAACGCCCUUGUGGUACUGUGGCCUCUGCCAUUA